AUGGUGCGCCUCCUCUCAUUGCUUCCACUGGCACUUGCCACCAUCCCACCACUCCCCAACCUCAUCGUCCCCGAAGUCAGCCAUACCUUCUACGGCUACCCGGACAACGACCCUCCAGGCCCGGCCAUCUCCUAUGACUGCGGUCGUGGCCUAACCGCGGCUGGCACCGGCACCUACGCCGAUCCGUUGACCUUCGCCUCUGCUCCAGACGAGUUCGACUACUGCGAGAUCAUCUAUGACCCCUACCUACGCAAGUACCUCCGUCAUGAGGACUACUGCGUCCAGUGCGUUGCAGACUGGGAAACCAAGAAGUACCACAUCGAUGUCUGGACGGGCAGCAACUGGCUCAGUGGCGAUGAUGAUCAGAUCGAUUGCGAAAAGAGCCUGACUCCUCAGGCAGAGUCGCAGAGUGUUAUGCGAUAUCCUAGUUCGAACCUAACGGUGGACGUCACGCCUCUCUACACCGUGUCUGUCGACGACUCUUGCGAGGUGAUUGCUCUAUGCAAUGUGGACCAUGUUUAUCCGGACUACGACCUAGACAAUUAG